GCAGCCAUUCCCGAUCCCUCGGUUUCUUCUUCGUCGCCUCUUCUCCUCCGUCUGCAGGGACCGGAAAGAGCGGAGGAACGAGGAGGAGGGCCGAGAUUUCAAAGUCCCCUCCUUUCUCUGUCUCCUUGUCUGCGUUUGAAUUCGUCGCCGUUAUGGGAACCGAGGUGUUGCGGCCCCAUGACUGCCUCCUCCGCCCUUCCCUCGCUCUGCGGAACUCCAAGCCCACCCGCAGGAGGAGGGACUCCUCCCUAAAAAGAUCGGCAAAGCCCCGCCAUCCCGCGCCAGGCGGAGGCCACCUGGUCGUGGGACAGGUCGCGAUCCUCCGGCGAGGCGAGUCGCUGGAGGCCGAGAAGGCGACGAAGGGCGAGCCGGAAGCGGGGAGCGGCGGUUGGGGGCCGGCGGUGUUCGUCACGGGGCGGCUGGGGCCGGGGCCGGACCCGGGAAUGAUUCCCAGGGAGGUCCCGCUGCUGGUCCCAGCAGCGGAGGCGGCGGCGGGGCUUCCGGACGAAGUGUACGCGGGAUCGGGGUUCGUCCUCUCGCCGUCGCCGCGGGCGCUGCCGCUGCCGACCUUCUCGAGGAAGAAAGAGGGAUCCGUGGCGGCCGCUGUGGUGGAUUGCUCCGCCACCAGGGAUCUGAGGCGGUUGCUUCGGCUAGAUUGAGAUGUUCUUGACGGAUCAUGAAUCAAAAAGAAGAAACGACGAAACAUUCUCUCUCUUCACGGGAUCACAUAUUUUAAUUUUUGGUGGGAUUUUUGAUAGGACGGAUUAAAUUAUCAAAAAAAGCUGGAUCUAAAGUCUGUAUGUGAGGGAAUGAAGAGAGAAAGGCGAAAAAAAAAAAGAAGGGACAAAUAGGUGGAAAUAUGCACGAAUUGUAGAGUGUAAAAGAAGUUGUAUGUAUAUUGAUCUUAAGUCUCACUCUGGAAUUGGGGGCUUCAAAAGCAAUCAUCGUCGCAUUACAUUUUUUUUUUAUAUUAAUAAUAAUAUUUUGUUCUCCUCC